GCUGCCUGACUUGUUCGUCCUGUCUACACCCUCCACUUUUUCUGUGCGUCGUGCAGCUGUGAACUCUUGAGAGUCUGAGAGAGGACAGUUUCCUACGAGCUGCUGUGGAGUUAUCAGACAGAGGAGAAUGGACAGACUGAACGGACAGGACGUACCUCUGGAUAAACUUAGUGAUAUAGAGGCACUCAAAACCCCCUCUGGAAAAUUGAUUCGCCCCAUCAACAUAAAUCACUAUGCCACUAAAAAGAGUGCGGCCCAGAGCAUGCUGGACGUCGCCUUGCUGAUGGCCAACUCGUCCCAGAUGAAGACCGUUCUCUACGUGGGGCCUCAGUACCGUUUCUACAUCCCCCUCAUAGUCCUGCUGUCUCUGUCCAUUGCGUUACAGGUCAUAGUGGGGCUGCUGCUCGUCUUUAUUGUGAAGUACGAUCUGAACGACAAAAGGAAACAUGCCAAGUUGAACAUGAUGAACAACGCAGCAACUGUCUUUGUCUUCUUCACAGUCCUCAUCAACAUCUUCAUCACAGCGCUUGGCUUUGAGGGCCACGCAGUCAGGUCAGCAGCACAGGUGGUGGCAAUCCAAGAACCUAAGCUCCUACCUCUGCCCCUGGACGUUAACAUGACUGGUGUCCUAUAGACCAAAAAUAAUACAUCUCCUUGUUCACAUUAUCUCAAAGCCUUGAAAUCUUAAGGGUUGUGGUGGGACGGCUGCCUUGUUGUAACUUCUGUUUGACCUCCUUCAUCAAAUUAUGGCUUGUUUCAGCACAGGUUCACCAGUUGGAACAAAACUUUAAUUACUGAAUGGAUUUAAUGAAUCUAUCAUCACAUUAGUGCACGUGAGAGGCUUCUGUGGAUCCAGUUGGAGGCUGAGAUAGCCCAAGGAUCACCAAAUAAAUCCUCAUCCUCAGUGACCAUCAACCACAUCUUCAAUUCAGGAUCACAGCUGUUAAAUUCAACUCAACCAAAGAUUGACAACCAAAAACCUCAGUUUGAAUUGAUAACCACUGGUUCAUCUUCCGUUGAGACUCAAUAGCCUGUACUGCAGUGUACUGACCCCUGACCUUUGCGGUGUUGGACUUAUCCAUUACCAAAUGCAAGAAUUCUGCAGUUUUUUUUUUAUCAAACUAUUUAAAGCUUCUAUCUUGUAAAUAUAACAGUGUUUCUGUACAAAUGUUAGAUUGGUAGAAUUAAAGUUGUAUGUAAAUUUUCCACAUUAAAAUGUCUAAAAAUUACUAGACCUAUGUUAUAUCUUUUUUGAGUUUUGUACUUGACUUUUAUCCACUUUUAAGUGACAUUUUAAGUGUCUUUUGCUAUUGUUUUGCGAGAAGUUACAUACUGUGCUCUUUUACUCUU